UGCGGGCUCGGGCGUGUUCGGGCCUCUGCCAAGUGAACGAAUCGAACUCGACGCGAUUAUGGUCUUGUUCGCGGUGUUCGUUGUCUCCGUGUGCCGUGCGAGUGGAAAAUUUCUUCUUUGGCUCGCUGUCGAGUAAAAUUUGUAUUGCGGCGGUUAACGGUGCUGUUGGGGGCUGCUGGCGUGCAAGUGCAACCCCCGCGUGUGUGUCUCGUGCGGCAAGAUCGCAUCAAGCGAGUGAAAUCGAGCGGGCUAGGGCGGACGAGCAUCGGCAGAUUUUUCGAGUGGAACGCGUUCGCUCGCUCUACGUCUGGCCCGAGCAAAUUCAAAGAAUCGGCCGCCGUCGUCUCGAUGGUGAGUGCCUUGGCCUGUGCAUUGUGCCGUCGGAUCGAACUCCUUGAGCGCCCAUUGUAUCUGGUGGUCGAUUCCCCGUAUCUGGUUUUCGUUUUGCCUGCCGUAGUCGGACGGCCGCAAAGAAGUCGAGGCAGCAGAGCGACUCUGUGGCGAAGCCCAACACAAGCGCAGCUCGUGAAGCAGACCCGCAGUCGGGAACGACGUCGACUUGUGUCGGCCGAUUCGAUGAUUCGUGCAGAGCCCGGAGGUUACUUAGCGCCUCGUCAACGACUUUUCCUUCUGCUGGUAAUUUUGCACCUCUCGAUUGUGGCGGCUGUUGGAGUGAUUCGCGCGCGUUCCUCGCAGGGUUAGAAGCGGGCGUCAAGUGUUUCCGUUUUCCGGGCGAAAGAUUAGGCGCGCGCCCUGCAAAGUCAGCGCGAGGGCGAGAAAUUGUUGAAUUGAAUGGUGGAAAGUCUUGAAAGAAUUUUCGUACGGUGUUCGAACCGUAGUGUGCGAAGUGUAGCGUACUGUGUGUGAGCGGUGUAGGGGAGUGUGGCAGUGUGAGUGCGCUGUGUCGUACGCGCGGCGGGCGAGUGUUUGUAUUUUGACUUCAUAAUAAAAUAAAACCUAAUAAACACAUGAGGUUGGAAAAAAGUGUCGGUCGCGGAGGUCGAGGCAAUUGAAUUUGUCAUGUACUACAUGGAACACCAACAACGACUCUGACGCCGACACGCCAUCGAACAAGGGAAAAGAUUCUCCGCGUAACAAAGAGGAGUUCCUACGAUUGGGCCGCAAAUAUACAGGAAAUUAACUAUCAACCAACAUAUCUAUGAGAAAAAAUGACAAAUGGAUUAUUUUAAAGUUAUAUACUAUAAAAUUUCCUACGUGACUACCACGGCGAAUAUCAUAGAAACCAGUAAGCGUGCAUAAUGGCUCAAAUGAGUAUAUACUUGGUAGUAACAGGAACGACUGAAUAUCAACGGCAUCAUUACCUCGAAAAAUAUAAUCGAAUUCAAAAAACACAAUUUAUUAUCACCUAACCCGGUAUCUGACGAAUGUAUGCUGCGUAAUUUUCUAUGUGAAAAAUUUCGGGCCACUAAGGUUUUUGGAUAAAUAGGAAUAAUAUCCAAAAAAUAACGUAGCGAAUGUGAAGUAGAAAUGAACGAUAAAACCAAUCAACAAAAAGCCAGACAGGAUAGCGAAGAAUUAUUAGUGACAUCAUCGACUUCAUCUCCUUCCAAUCCAGUUGAAACUAGGACAACAACUACUUCGACCCCGUCAAGUUCACCAUCGUCCUCGAGCAGAGUUGAUCCUCUACAAAUUGCCGGGAAUUCAUCAGCCUCGCCUGGGAUUAGCGGCAGAGGUAGUAGAUCAAUAUGUCCCGUUGUGACGAGUAGCACAGGAAAUACUAGUAGCAACUGUACACCGAAUUUAGAAGAUGAAGAUGAUGUCGACGAUGACGUCGAUACAAUUAUAAGUGCUGAAGAUCGGAUCCAUUCAGUCGGGAAUAUUUCCGAUGAUAGUAGUAACAAUAGAAUUGCAACUGCAGGGGGCCCCCCUGAAAUGGGUGGAUUGCCGUCACAAAACGAUGGCGACACUUGCAUAGUAAUAUCGACUAGUGGUGGUAAUAACAAUUCCAGCUGCUUGGAGGGAACUAGUAAUACUCCCAGGAGAAAUAUGUUAUUAACUAUGCGAAGUAGCGAUUCAAAUAACGUGGCUGAAGCAAGUGUGUCGACGGUGAGCUCGGCCGUGAAUGUUCCUUCGACGCCAACGACCAGAUCAAAGCGAAAGCUUUUGAACAGUGAUGCUAUAGCUACAGGAGAGAGCAGUACAACAGCAGCAACUACUUUAGGUGUUAAUCGUAGUAGUAUUAAUUUAAAUUAUAACAAAAACGUAAGCUUAGAAACUAAAAACCAUCAAUCGUCAACGUCGAAGAAAAAAGCAGUGACGAAUGCGACUUUGUCUUCAAGUAUUAAUUCAUCGGGUCAUGGUUCUGAUUUAGUGAAAUCUAAAGGUGGUAAAAAUUUGGCAACCUUGAAAAGUUGCACUGAGGAUAUUGAGGACGACAGUUCAAGGAGCAGCAGUAGCAAGAGAAAUUGCAUCAACACAGAUGAAUCGACAGAAUCUCAAAGUGAUCAUAGCCAGGAUGUGAAUAUUAAAUGCAAAAGGGAAGAUUCAAUCGAAGAGGCCAUUGCUGAUAAUAGGAGAGUUGAACCGAUUAAAAUCAACUUAAAUCGGGAUGUAGCGAAAACAAAAAUCAGCAUUAAAUCUAUUGGGAAACAACCUGGGCGUGAAUCUACAGAAACGAGUGAGCAACUUGUUAUACCAAAGUUGACAAUAAAAUCGUCUCCGGGAUCUGACUCGAGUUCUUCUUCAUCGUUAUCAAGUGUCGAUUUGGGUUCAACUUCAAGGAAUUGUAUUGAACAGCAGAGUUUACAACAGGAUUCGGAAUCUGCACAUGUUGUACCGAAGCUAAUAAUUCGCGCCAGCGACUGCAACAGUAGUAGCUUUACAAAUUCCGAAUCUAAACACACUUUAGUUCCAAAGCUUACAAUAAAAGUGGAUAAUUCGAUGAACUGUCUGAAAGAAGGGAACGAACAUGAAUCUUCCGCAUCGCCAUCGCCUUCAUCUUCACCAUCAUCUGGGGAGCAAAUUCAGUCGCAACCACCCCUUCCUAAAUUGACGAUUAAAACAACCGGAGACACGACAGAAUCGAUAAUAUCGUCAUCGCAUUCAUCAUUGACAUCUUCUGCGACGGUUCUGGUGUCUCCGCCAAUAUCAUCAGCACAACCUACGGUACCUAAGUUAACCAUUAAAACUAUUUCGAAAUCAUCUACUUCAUUGGUUGCAGGGAACAGUAGCGAUCAAUCUGUUCCUAAAUUAACUAUAAGGACGUCGGCGUCACAGUUAUCACCUUCACAAAUGACGCCAAGCACUGACGGAGGAAUUAGUGAUCAGGAAAAUAUUCGCACUAACAGUCCUAUUCCAAAGUUCACAAUUAAAACUAUUCAAGACCCUGAAGCAAAUAGCAUGAAUCAAAGUGUUCCUCGACUAAAAAUUUGUACAAAACAAGAGGAAGACUCGACCGGUAGUCCCACAAUCCUGUCCCCGACAGUUCCGAAAUUCACAAUAAAAUCUGUCCAAGAAAAUGAACAAUCCAUUCCGAAACUAACAAUUUCUGUUAAUGAUCGCACGUCCGAAUCGUCCAGUUCUUCAUCGUCGUUAAGCGAACUCGUCCCGAAACACGCAGUCGUGCGACAUACCGAUCAGGACGAUAGAGAGCGAGUUCCUAAACUGACAAUAUCUUUUCAAGAAUCUCCAAAAGUGAAAUCUAGCUGUUCGGAUUACGAUUCGUUGAGUGAAAAGCCAGAAAAACUGCCAAAGCUUACAAUUAAAACCGUAACCGAACAUGAUAUUGAAGGAAGUUCUGAAAAGAGUUUCCCCAAGCUGACAAUAAAAACAGUAGCAACGGAGGAAUCAGUCGUUUGCGAGAAAACUGAAAGGGUGCCUAAGAUUACGAUUAAAGCGGUGCCAGAGCAGCCAUCUGAGUCACUUGAUAAAAUACCCAAAUUAACAAUCAAAACAAUUUCUACGGAUCUAGAUGGCGAGGAGAAAUCUGAUAAGGUGCCCAAAAUCACAAUAAAGACAAAGUCUUCUGAGGAGUCUGAGCCAUCAUUGUCGGAUAAAGGGGAGAAAAUAUCUAAAAGAAUGGGAAAAAAUAGUGGUGAUGUCGGGGAAGCAGAAAAAUUGCCGAAGAUUACUAUAAAGUCAACUUCGGAGCAAGUCGCAAAUACUAGCACAAAGUUUGCACAAGAGCUUGCAGACAUUCCAAAGCUGGCGACUAAAUCCACGUGUGAAUCGGAUGUUAAAGAAAGGUUGCCCAAGUUAACGAUCAGGCAGAUUGUUGAUACUGAAGAAAGUGAGAGUCCAGAAUCGACGGGGCGAAUUCCGAAAAUAACGAUCAAAUCGAUUUCGGAGAGUGAAACUGUAGAAUCUAUAGACUUAACCCAAGAUGAAGCUGCUGUAGUUCCGAAACUAAAAAUAAAAUCUCAUUCGAUAGCUACCUCGGAACUAGAAAGUACUAGUGCUGACAAAGUUCCUAAGUUGACGAUAAGGACGAAAUCGGCGCCAGUGACGGAUAGUGGUGAGCCAGUUGAGAAAAAGCCCAAGUUGAUGGUACAGCAGUCAACUCAAAACGCUGAAGAUUCUGAAAGAAUUCCGAAGUUGACAAUAAAACAGAUCACUAACAAUCUGGACGAUUGUUCGUCAUCCUCAACGUCAUCGACGUCAUCACCGAAAGUGCCCAAGCUUACAAUUAAUAACCAUGGAACGACGGGGAAACAUCUGAAGCGAGCUGGUCGGCGAAAAAAAAUGGAUACUGCGACAGAAGGUGAAACGCUGAGUAAUGAUUCGACGGAAGGGUCAUUUCAGUCGGGUGCGGGAGAAACAGAUAAAAUGACACGUAGAAAUGACGAAGACACGAAGCCACACACAAUCCAAACCAGAUCUUCCCUGAGGAAUUCGGAAAAAUCGGAUUUUCAAAGUUCAAAAAAGUUCUCGGCUUCAAAAAACGGUUCACUAAAAGGUGAUGAGGGGGCCAGUGACAAAGCGUCUGCUUUUGGUGCAGCGGAGGCAAUUGAAAUAGGGGCUACAUCACCUGCUGAAAAAGUUGUUGAUCAUAAAUCCGAACACAAUUCAGUUGAAUCGUCGAGAACUUUGCGAUCUUCAGAUAGUAAAAGUGAAAAAAAGCCCCCACUUGAACUGAGUAGUCAAACAUCGAGCCAUAAACCAUCAGAUAGUAGCCGUGAAGAGUUAAACAAAGAGCCAGCAGUUGAUGUUUCUAUAGAUGUGGCGCACAAUAUCGACUCGAACCUAGAAAUGGAACUCGAACGAAUAACUUCCCAGUCCAAUUCUGAUUUCAACAUCAGUAUUUCUGAUUCAAACAUCGACACCAAUCUCGAAAUAAGUGCAGACCUGUCAGAUGCUGCAAUAAAUGAUCUCGUGGAUAUAUUGAACGAUGAUGAUCUGGAGGAUCUUGAAUCACCGAUAAAAAAUGAAUCUGACUCUUGCCAUCAAGAGGAAAAGGGAAAGGAAGAAGAAAAGGGUAAAAACGACGAGUCUAUUAUGGUGCCCGAGCAACAAUCGGAUGUAAAGAUGGACGAAGAAAAGACCGAGGAUAAAUCAGACAUUCCCGACGACGUGAUCAGCUUAGGAAGUGAAGAAAACGACAUUGUUGAUCAGCUGACAGAACUUUUAAACGAGGCGGAUGAAGCAAACGAUUUUGUUGAUCAGCUUCUAGCAGACGCUAAUGGUAACGCUACCAACGAUUCUUCUACUGAUGGUGACCCUGCGAAAGACUCUGGCGAAGGUUCAAGCAUAUCCACAUCGGAGGAGACCAUGAAAAAACUCAAUAUUGAAGAGAAACUUAGCCAGGAAGUUUCCAUAGUUGAAGAGACGGCUGUCACGGAAGGAGAGUUGAAGUGCAUAGAGAGUGCAAAGCCUGAAACAGAAACUUCCAUUUUAGAAGCUGUUGUGCCUAUUUUGAAUAACGAAUCCAACAAUACUGAUGUGAUAAAAAAUACACCAAAUGGUUUGGUGGAUACAAUGCAUGACUCGUCAUCGAAUCAGAGUGAGAAGGCUGACGAAGUAGCCACAAAUCGAGAAAAAAAUGUAACAAAUAUGGAAGAUAGUUCGUUAUUAGAACGUGCACUGACGAGCUCGAUAAGUUCGAGGACUACAAAUAGCUCAACUACGAAGAUGUUAGAGGAAACUAAGUUGAUCACGUCGGAUGAGCAGGUGGUAUUAGACGAAGGCAGAGUUGGUGAUUUAGUUCUGGAAAAUGAAGUACAAAAUGCAACUGAACAGCCCAGCGAUUCAAACGAAUGUGAACGUUCGUUAGAUAACUCGAAAAUAGAAAAUAAUUCGCAAUUGGUUAAUAAAGGAGAAGUCAUCGACACAGAAUCUGAAGAUCGGCCAGAAGAUUUGAAAACUAGCAGUUGCCUAAAGCGCCAUAACGUGGAGAAGGAAGUUAAUGUUCCAAUGAAACGAAAUCGCUCUGAUCUCUUUGAAGACAGUUCCAUUGAGGUGAGUAAACUAUCUAGUCAGGUGCCCAUUGAAAAUUGCCUCGAUUUGGGUUCUGUCACACCAGAGAACAGCAUGCAGACUGCUGAAUCGAAACAGUCGACGUCUUCCAAUCUAGUCGAUCUUGAAAGUUCAUCAUUGACUGGUGACGAAACAUUCCGCACUCUAACAGAAUUGAAAACAAUUAAUAAUGUGGAUGUGGAGAAUGAACUGAAUGUGGAGAAAUUAGAGGGGGAAAGUAGCAGUCUGAAAGGGAUUUUGAGUCUUCUACAGGCGCAGGAUUCAUCGGAAUCCCUUUUGCCAGGAAAUUCCGAGUGUAACUUAAAGUCGGAAGCGAGCAAACUGACCGAACCUGGAAUAUCCGUUGUCACGUCGACACCACCACAUGUGAAUUCGCUAAAGUCGACGCAAAGCAUUCUUCUAAUCAACGAGGAUACGGCAUCCGGAGAUUGUAUGAUAACUGAAGAAGAUCCAUUGAUGAUAUUACCAGGAUCGAUGGAUGGAAGCUUGGGUGAUGGUAAAGAUAAAGUUGAAAAUGAUUUCUGUGUUCCUGUGGAAGAUAUUGCUACGCCACCAGUGAAAAGACCGAGAGGUCGUCCUCGUAAAGAUGGCAAACCUGCAGGGAGCGUGAGGAAAGGAGCCAGAACAGAUCCACUAUCGAUGAGAAGACGACCGCGAAGUACUCUGAUAGAUGGUACAGACGGCACUGAUGACUCACCAGUAAUACAUCGACGGAAAAUUUCAGAUAAGGAAUUUCUGUCGACUCCAAACCAUAUCUUCACAACACCAGAACCUGCAUUGAUGAAAACGGAUCCUUUUUCGGUUCCAGGGGCGACAGAGUUGCCAAGUAUGCUGAGUCCUGCGACGCCAGGUCGAAGAGGUGGUCGAGCAAGAGGGCGAGGAAGUCGAGGUGGUAGAGUGAAAACUAUGCCUUUUACACCUAGUGAUUUGGCGAAUGGUAAUACGGAAGGACUAGUAAUGAGCGGUCGGGGUCGCGGGCGUGGUAUGAGCAUUUAUCGAUCUCGAGGUCGCGGACGUGGCCGAGGAAGCAGAGGCGGUCGAGGAGGUCGAGGUAGAGGUUUUGCACGAAGGCUUAUGUCUCCUGAGAACAAAAGGGAUGGAGGAUUUUUCUCACCUGAUCGAAGAGAUAUCAAAUAUGAGCCUAGAACUUCGUCACUGCAAGUUUUCGAAGAGGAUACACGCAUGAGCGCUGAGUCGUUCACGCCAGGAAAUCGACAUUCCCAUGACGCUAGCCUAAAUAAUAACGACGAAAACACUCAAAGCUCAAUGAUGAGUAGCAGCAGCGCUUUGGACGGUAGCAGCAAUACUACAAUAUUGAAUCCAACCACGGGGGAAAAGAAGAAACGAGCGAAAAUGGAAGUGUUCGCACCAGAAGGUAAAACGGAAUAUACAGUGGAUAUGAUCUGUGAAUACGAUUGGCCACCACCGAAAGGCUGUUGCCCGGCACGCAAUCGUGACACAUUCAUGAUUCAAGAACAAAUAGCACAGUAUUUAGGUAUAAAGAGUUUUAAGAGAAAAUAUCCUGAUCUUCCGCGUCGUCAAGUUGAUAUGGAAGAACGUAAUUACCUUCAAGAGAAAGGUUUAGUCACGGAGAAAAUGUGUGACUUAGGUAUUACUGCCGUAUGGGCAUCAGAUGUCCUAGAUAUAAUGUAUAGUGAUUUUUAUGAUAAAUACGAGGAGUACAAAGCAUAUUUACGUGAGAAGCAAUUACGUGAUAUCGAAGCUAAGCAGAGGGCUCAAGCGGCGGAUGCUGUUGACAAGAGCCUUCAAGCGCGUGAACGUGCAUUAGAGUCAGCAUCAAAGUGGAAUAGUAGUUUUAACAAAGUGCGACGAGAGGAGAGGCGAUUAUGUUUAGAUUUACAAAACUUAGUAAUAAAUCUUCCAGCUGCAGUAGGUAAAAAACUAAGCCGUCCAAAUGAAACACAACACCGGCAGCCUUCAUGCUAUCCUAUAGCCCUUGUUCCCGGUCAAUUUGCUGAAAACUAUCGUGUAUAUAGUCCAGAAGAAUUAAGGCGUUAUCCUAUUAACACAAUACUUGAUCCAUUCGACGAUCGAUUAAGGCAGUAUCUUAAGCGUGAAGACAGUGAUGUUGAUUCAGAAGAAAGUGAAGUGGAGGAAGACUCAGGAAGCUCGAGUAGCAGCGAUUCUGGGUCAGAGAGUUCUAGUGAUUCUGACUCAUCGUCAAGCUCAUCAGAAGAUGAAGAAGAUAAACCGCCGGAUGAUAGUAAACACAAAUGUUUCGUAUGUCACCAAUUACAAAACAAAAAUCAGAAAGGUUUUCCAGAACUUUUCAUUCGAUGUGUGACUUGCGGAAAGCAGACGCAUCCAAGCUGCAUAGGGAUGUCAUCGCGAAUGGUGAUGCGUGUUCGAAAUUACAAUUGGCAGUGCGCAGACUGUAAAUGUUGUAUAAAGUGCAAGCGAAAACAAGAUGAAAGCAAAAUGUUGUACUGCGAACAGUGUGAUCGAGGCUUUCAUAUAUAUUGUAUUCAAAUUAAGAAUAUUCCUGAUGGACGAUGGAGCUGUGAACGCUGUGCUAUAUGUAUGCGAUGUGGUUCAACGAAACCAGAAGGAAAUCUCCCACCACCACCCCCACAACCGAACCAAAAAUCCAGUCGUAAACGCGUGAAAUGGGUUAAUGACUAUCGAAUUGACCCCGUGACGAAAUUACGGGAGCAUUGUUCCAUUCUUUGUGUGCCGUGUGGUCGACUAAGGACGAAAUCGAAAACGUCAACAGCAACAACGAUAACGACUAUGCAAUAACACCAGAGUUUAUAAACAAAAACCAAACAGCUACGUGGUUAGAGAGAACGGACUAAUUUUUAUUAAAUAAAAAUAAUCGGAAAAUAAAAUGCAAAAAAAGUCUAAAUUAAGUCUAUUUUUUAUUUUAUUAUUAACAGUGUAAAAAAGAAAAAUGUAUAACGUGUAAAAAGAAAUCAACAAAUUUACGAUAAGGACUAACUCUAGUUUUCUAUUUUAUGAAUGCAUCCAUUAUAUGACAUAAGGAAAGUGUUUGUAGUACCUACGACUUAUGUAUUUCCUUCAAUUAUGCUGAACAGUUCACGAUUAGUUAUAGACAUGUCCAUUUGUGUUUCGUUUUUUGUAUGCUUGCUUAAGAGAUUGUUACAAUGUAAGGAGAACAAAAGUUAUUUUAUAUGAAAACUAUAUUUUCAUUUCAAACUGUUACCUCUAAGUCUCACUACACAAAUUCUUUUCUUUUAGUGUUACUUUUAAGCCAGGUUUAGUUGAACGUUGUCGUUAUUUUUACUUUAAUAAUUAAAUUUAUGAUAAAAUCCUUUUUUCGAAUCUAGAAUAAUCCUUACUACUUUUUCAAUAAAUAAAAAAAAUGAAAACUUUAA